CGAACAUAAUAUAUGUGCUCUGUAUUGCUUUUUAGUAUCGAGUGGGUGGCGUCAAUGUGAAUGAAUAAAGGAGAGAACUCUUUGUGUUUUCAAUUGUACCUCUUUGUAUAUGUAUAUGUGGUUGUUGCUCUUGUUGUUGUUGGCGACUACUUGAUCAAUUAAUAAGUCACGUCCAAAUUAAAUGCGGCAUGCACUUUAUUUGCCAAAAUGCCAAUGAGGCAUUGACAUUGGGAGCACAGCUCUGCUCCCUCACCAUCCACCUUAUCUUUAUCAGACCACCCUCCCUCCCCCUCCCCCCAUGCCCAUAGUUGAGCAGGGCUAUCGAGAAUCGAGCAAGUAGCAGGUUUCUUUAUUGCAAACGCUAGCAGCAUCGCGAGUCGCGCCGAGCAAGUCGAAGCAAACGCAAUUCGAAUGCAAUUGCAUUUCCCAGUCACAAAAAAAUAAUUAGAUAACAGAUUCAGAUUCAAGUAUAUUAAGUAUACGCUCAGUAGAAGCAAUAGGACAAAAACCACAGCCGUGCGAUGUCCAACGAACUAAGCGAACUAAUCGCGCUCAGCUGCGCAGAUCUCACCACUCGACCGGAGGGGGCAAGUGCUGAAAUCCAGCUCAUCAUCGAUGCCGAGCGUCGUCUGAGCAUUAAGCAAAUGACGGCCACAGAGCUGACCAAACUGCGCGCUGCAGCAGCUGCCGAGGCGGAAGCUCAGCAUCGUGCUGAAAUCGAGGCCAAGGCGCGAGCUCUGGUCGAGGAACAAGUACGUCUGGCUGCCGAAGUCGAGGCCGUGGCGCGGGCGAGAGCAAGGGCCGCUAUCGAGGCUGAGGAGAAACUCCAGCGGCAGCGAGUCUUGGAAAGGCAGAGCCAGAUACAGAAUGCAGAGGAACGGCAACAAAUUAGUCGAGAUGACGACACACCGAGUCGCUCGAGCACCAAGGGAACUUUGCCAGCAACCGCUGCGCAAAGAGAUCGUCUUGUUUCACUGCCCAAUAUUCUAGAUGACGAUAUCGAGGCAGCUACGGGAAGCGGAGACUCCUCGCCUGCCAAGAGCAACUCCUAUCUAGCCGACUCCCUCGAGCUGCUGCGCAGUCAGAGAGCAGCUCGCAUCAGUCGGGGACGCACACCUUCGGCAGACUCUCGGAACCGUGAAAGAAGUACCGCUCCUGAACGCUCCAGCAUAAGCAGUAUCAAUUCUGCUAGUGCCAGUGCCAGUGUCAGUGUCAGUCGACGUGGCAGCACAGCCAGCGCUGUGAGCAAUGAUCCGGCUGCAGAGGUAGCCCAAGCGAUGCCCAAGUUUCCGCUGUCCAAGACAGUGUCAGCUCCCAACAUUAUAAAUCGACGUCGCAGCAGUCUAACUGCUCUCUUUCCUGGUCCAGCUCCUCUUGUGGCGCCCGAGCCAACACUGCACACAAAUCCUGAAGCGCCUGCUACGGUGGAGGACUCGCAUCAAGAAGACGGAUAUCGUGAAAUACCCAGCGGCAAGAUGGUUCAUCGCACAAAGACGCCUCCGCCAGUGGGCGCCAAUUUGGGUGUGUGUCUCAAGCGGGUGACGGCGCCAAGUGGCUCGAUUACCAUCAAGCCCAAAGAUUCUCCCAUGCUGGGCGUUGUCCUCCGAAAGGUGGAAAAGAAGACGGCGCCACAAAAGAGUAUACUGGAUGACGACAAGCCCUUGUAUCAUCUGUCUAUUGUGCGUAGUGACCAUAAGGAGUACAAGCCCGCUCCAAAGCCCAAGCCUAAGCCCACCGCUCCGCCAGCCUCGAAGCCCUCCUCGGGCGGCAUUCUGACCGGACCGCAGGUGGUGCGCACCGUCACUCGUCCGGCUGUGCCGCUGACAAAGCCUCAGCGCCCCCAGCCAGGUGUGCCGAUAACAAUCACCAAAAUCGAAGGCGACAAGAUAAUCAUAAUCAAAAAGAUUAUAGUACCCAAGAACAGUAAGAUACCGGAGCAGUAUCUGCAGGUUGGUUGUGAUGCUGGCAAAGCAGCAGCCACAAUCGCAACACCGUCAACGGAUAAACAGCUAACACUUGGAGCCGCUGCUGCUGCUCCUCCAAUUGCCCCAGUGAAUCCAGUUGGAGAAGCGGGUGCAAUGCAGAAGCCGACGCCAACGCCAGUGCCAGCGAAUGGACAACAGUUCUUUCAGCAGGUUGUUUCGCCACAGUUCGCAACGGUGCUUUCCUCCAGUUUUCCGGAAACGCAAUGUGCAGUUCGCUCGCCCAUCUCAUCGCCGCUUGCAGUACGCAAAAACCGAUCCUUGCUACCAGCCAGUCCCAAGUCGACGCCGCCUUUGCCGCGAAAGCAUCAUCCGAUGGCAUACAAUGCGGCAACUGGCGCGAUCACAACUCCGACGCGUGUGAUGGCAACAGCGAACAGCCAACUGGCCAACAGUCCGGCCUCAAGUAUAUCGCUGUCGUCGUGCAGCUCGCCUUCGUCGUCGCCUCCUCCAGUGCCGUGCCGAGCACCGAAGCACAAGCAACCAGUAGCAGGUGAGAUCGAUCUGGACAAGCUGCUGCAGCAACAGCAGCAGCUGGAAGAGAAGUCAGCGGCCGCAACAAGCAGCGCUAAGUUGGAUGCAAAUUUCUACGAUGCCGAGAUCGAGAUGAUGAACAAGUAUCUAAAGAGUCUUCCAGACUACAGCGAACUGGAUCGCAAACUGCAUCAAGAGUUCAAGGAAUGCGAGGAUCUCUACGAUCGUCUAAAGCGGCAACAACAGCAGCAGCAACCACCUCUGACAAAGUCCAAUUCACAGCAGUUGCCGCAGUCAACAGUGCCACACUCAGUGGCUAGUGGUCUCUGCAAAUCGUCGUCCAUCAACUUUGUCCAAAACAAUAAUAACAGGGGUGCAGCACCCCGACUCGCCUAUCCCUCGAUCUUUGCCCAGACGAGUAGCAAUGAUCAACCCAAGCUGCAGCGCAGCAUCUCCAGCUGCAAUAUGCCCAUUAGCGGCGGCAGCAGCGGAAGUGGCGCUUCAAGCAGUUUUACUCCAACGCGUCCCCAAGGAGCACAGAAAAGUAGUCUGUUGAGCGAUUCGACGUUGUCGCUAAACAAACAGCUGAUGAACGAUUUCUGGAGUGAGAAUCUCUGCGGCUCACAGAAGCGUCAGACGCCGAAGCGUACAUUCUGGAACUAUGAGAAGAUCUGUGGUGCUCAACUGGGCGAUGCAGGACAGCCCUUUAAGAUGGACGCGAAGACGGCCAAGACGCUGGCCAUAUUCGAUCCAACUGUUGCCGAGGCGGCCCAAAAGGAGCUGCAGAAGCCACAGAGCCAUCGCCUACAGAAGAACGCCUCGUUGUCGCAUCUGGAUGUGAAGGUCAGACAGGCAGUAACCAAAGACGAUCUCUACAAGCUGAUUGUCUGCAACGAUCAGUCGCCAACAGCACUAAAAACAACGUCCUUCACCAGUCGAGUGCCCGUCAAGCAGCAGCAGCAGCAGCCCUCGCUGGCUAGCAACCAGCAGCUGAACAAAAGCAUCUCGAUGACGCAUGUGCCUGGCAAUCAGCCGAGUCUAGGAGCAGCUCCAGCUCCAUUGCUACGCAGCUCCAGUCGCACGCAUAUCCCAUGCUACAUGAAGCAUCUGCCAUCGCUAAGCCGCAGUACAUCAAACUCGGCGAUAUUAAUGCCCACAGCUGCAACGCAUCAACAGAAGGUAAUGAAGCAGCAACCAGCAAUUGCAGCAGCCAAUGCAGCUCCAGUCACCAAGCCCACAGCUGGCGUGCUUAAAAGCUCCAGCAGUUCCUGCGUGCCCUCGCCUAGAUGUGCGGCAGCUCUCUUUCGACGUCCCACGGAAACAGCGAAGCAGCAAGCAGCAACCUCUGGAGCAGACUCUACAACAGCAAUGGCAACCGGAAGUGCAACAAUUGCAGAAUCGGCUGCGGAGUGUCCAUCGCUGGAACGCAAGUCGGAGAAGAGCAACAGCACUGUGAGCAGCAGCAGCUUCACGGUGACCAACUGCUGCACCACGCACUUGCCACAUCUCUCUAAGUUUACCUCAUCUUUUCACAUACCGUCGUCAACAUCGACAACAACGACAACCACAACAGCAACGCCGCAGCAGCAGCAAAGUAUUGGCAAAUUGCAAGGGCCAACAGCAGCAGCCACAUCAAUAGCAACAGCGGCAGCAACAACAACGGCGGCAGCAACCUCAUCAUCAUCAACAACACCAUCAUCGUCGUCAUCGGCGGCCACAAAACGACAGAAAGAUGUCGACAAUAAGCUAGAGAAAUGCCUUAACGACAUGCUUAAGCUAAAGAGCAACAGCAGCAAUAACAACACAAAUAGCAUCAACAAUGCAAUGAUGACAGAUGAGCACAAAGAAAAUGCUGCUACGGUCGGCGUCAGCAAAUUCUCUGGCGAGUCGCAAAUACCCGUGCCAGUGCAGCUCUACGAUCCGCAGAAGCCUCUGAUGUCUCAGCAGCAGCAAAGAGUUGCCUAUCCCAUUGGCAAGUCGAAUUCAACCUCUCAGCUGUCCAUGGGCUACCAGCGAUUGCUGCAACAACAACAACAACAACAGCAGCAGCAACACCAUCAACAUUAUCCACAGCAGAAGCGAGCAUUCUUGAACUGGAACUCAUUUGCUUGCUCCACAAUGAAUGGCAACAGCGAUCCGUUCCAGCAUCAGCAGCAGCAGCAGCAACAUCCCCAUAAGCUGCAGCAAUCCUACUCCUCGUCACAUGUGGCCAAGCAGGCACCCAAAGUUAACAGCUCGGGACUGAACAUUUUCCAGCAAAAGAGCACCAACAAGGAGAACAAGUUCGGCCAAUCGAUGGCCAUGCAUCAGUCUCAGUUGCAGCUGCAGUCGCAUCCCCAUCAGCAGCAGCAACAGCAACAAGCUGGAAUGGCGAAUCAGAUGUAUGGCAACAACAACAACAACAGCUAUCAAGCAAUGAUCAACUCGAAGCCAUCAACAAAUUACCAUCAACGUCCCGGCGGAGCACCACUGACGCACUCGGCGUCCUUCUCUGCCGCACAGCGUCCGUCGUUGAUGCAACCGCAUAGCUUUGGGCUGGGCAUGAUGAGUCGCAACUACUAUAACCUGCCCAAGCAACAGCAACCGACACAACAGCAGCAUCAACAACCGCCACUGAGUCACGAGCGAAAACCGCUGCAGACCUUCGAUCCGUAUGCUUAUCCUAAGCCGAGUCAGAGUCAAUGCUCCACCCCCGUCAAAUACCAGGCGCAGCCUCAAGUUCAACCACAUCCGCAUACGCAGUUUCUAAACGCUUCCGUUGGCGGCAACACUGCGCUUCAAUACGAUCCGAAUACAAAUACGCAAUUGUUUUACGGGUCGUCGUCGUUGGUCAUGCAACCGCAGGCGGCAGCGUCAGCGGCGGCAGCACAGCAGCAACCGCAGCUACAACAAAGCAACUCUAUCAUAUUCAACCACUCACAACAACAACAACCACAGUUACACCACCAGCAGCAACAACAACAACAACAGCAGCAGCAACAAAGUGAAAUGUCCAAGUCCGUGCUGGGACUGCAUUUCAUCGAGACAGCAAAGCCCGUCAUUCAAGAUGAUGCUGAUGGUCACUUAAUUUACCACAACGGAGACAUUCUCCAUCACAGAUAUAAAAUCAUGGCCACCCUUGGUGAAGGUACUUUUGGGCGAGUUGUUAAGGUCAAAGACAUGGAACGUGAUUUUUGCAUGGCCUUAAAAAUCAUUAAGAAUGUUGAGAAAUACCGCGAGGCUGCCAAACUGGAGAUCAACGCCUUGGAGAAGAUAGCACAGAAGGAUCCUCAUGGCGAUCAUUUGUGCGUCAAAAUGAUUGACUGGUUUGAUUAUCAUGGACAUAUGUGCAUUGUUUUUGAAAUGCUGGGUCUUAGUGUUUUCGAUUUUUUGCGCGAGAACAACUACGAACCGUAUUCUCUGGAUCAAGUGCGUCACAUGGCUUAUCAAUUAUGCUACUCUGUGAAGUUUCUACAUGACAAUCGUUUAACGCACACAGAUCUCAAACCUGAGAAUAUUCUUUUUGUAGAUUCUGAAUAUACUUCUCACUACAAUCAUAAAAUUAAUCGUGAGGUGCGCCGCGUCAAAAGUACAGAUGUACGUUUAAUUGACUUUGGAUCUGCCACUUUCGACCACGAACAUCAUAGCACAAUUGUGUCCACCCGGCAUUAUCGUGCUCCCGAGGUGAUAUUGGAAUUGGGCUGGUCGCAGCCCUGCGACGUUUGGUCUAUCGGGUGUAUCUUGUUCGAGUUAUAUUUGGGCAUCACAUUAUUCCAGACGCAUGACAAUCGUGAACAUUUGGCUAUGAUGGAGCGUAUCCUUGGACAAAUACCUUAUCGCAUGGCACGCAAUCACACUCUUUAUAGCAAAACCAAGACAAAGUACUUCUAUCAUGGUAAGUUAGAUUGGGACGAGAAGUCCAGUGCUGGGCGUUAUGUGCGAGAUCACUGCAAGCCGUUGUUCCUCUGUCAACUGAACGAUAGCGAGGAUCACUGCGAACUGUUUAACUUAAUCAAGAAAAUGCUGGAAUACGAGCCUUCGUCGCGUAUCACGUUAGGCGAGGCCCUGAGACACCCGUUCUUCGACAGACUACCACCGCAUCAGCGUGUUGGCGAAAUGGGCAGCAGCAAGCAACCACUGUCAUCCGGCAGCAGUAGCCGCGAGCGGUCGCACAGCUUGUCCAGAUGAGAAUUACAGCGAUUUGGUUAUUGUUGACAACAACGCUAAUCCAAACACACACGCAUACAACAAACAUAUAUACACAAUGAGAAGAGCCGUCGCCAGGCAAGCAACAUCGGAGAGUAGCAGCACCUGCAGGAGCAGCAGCAGUGGAAGCAGCAACAUGAGCUGCCAUAAUAUACACAUUACAUACAUAAAUGAUAAUAAUACAAAUGGCGAUCCCUAAUUUAAGUGCUAAAGUCUGUAUAGAAACUUUAAAACUUGACUUGUAUAGAAGACAACUUAUACAAAACCAGAAACCCAAUUGUUUAGUAGAUCUUAAGUGCAUGCUGCAAGCUGCUUGCUUCAUUUAAUCGAUCUGUGCAUUGUGUCAUUUACCCGCCAAUCGUGUUUUGUUUUGUUAUGAUAACCAAAUCGUGCAUAAUAAGGACAUACAUAAUAUUGAUAGGAAAGUCGUCCUCCUGACACAGACGUCUACCUUUAAAUUUAUAUUGAUAUAUAAAUGUAAACGCCACUUAAUUGUGUCCCGUUUAACCUUGAGAUAAAAGAGAGACCCCCAGCUCGUGACUGCAAUGAAUUAAAUUAAAUUAAAGGGAAGAAGAACCUACCAAUGUAAAUGUAAUGUAAGAAUAUCAAUAACACACUCUAGUUCUGAUAUCUAUGCAAAUACACAUGCUGGCAAACUAGACUUGCAACUUAUACUAAAUGUAAUUUAAAUGCUAUUUUCAAGUGCGUGAGUUGUAAGUUAAUGCAAACUUUUACCAAUCGCACACAUACCUACAUAGCUUAUAUAGCCCCGUACAUGUUUACAAUUGUAAAAUAUCAAUUAUUGUGACACCUCGUGUACAGUAUGUGCAUUGUAUACUUUUUGAUCUAAAUUUAUUAGCAGCGAGUCAUUUUACCUAGACUAUGUCGUACAUUUUCUUUUAACCAUCCAAAGGCAAUGAAUAACGUUCUUGCAAGCCCGAAACUCACACAUACAUAGUCCCAUAUAAAGAAAUGAAGUAUACUAAAUAAAUAUAUUUUAAUAAAAACCAAAAAUAGAAAAGGACACAAGAGAGUAAAACAAGUAUACAGUCAUAUACUGAACACAUACUUAAUUCAAAUGAUUGUGAAUUAGUUUAAUAUUACAUAAAUAUUAAUUAUAAAUUACGUUAUUUGCAAUUUAAUAACCCGAUCAAUCAGCAUAUAAGAUACAUACAAUCGAACAUACACCACUAUUAUUGUCAAGUUAUUUAAAUAAACAAUUAAAACAA